UAUAUCUAUCAUUACAAAUACUCUCCCUCUCCCUCUCCCUCUCUCUCACUCCCCAAUACAAAAUCAAAAAAACAAAAAACCAAACUCGAACGAUUUCACUCCCUCUUCUUCUUCUUCAUCUCCUUUUUCAACUUUCACUGAACUAUAUAAUAAUAAAACCCUAAUAGUCACUUUCUAGAAACUUCGAUUAACCGAAUCCAUAGAUCCAUCAACUGUGGCGGGUAUUCGGGUCAAGUAAAUGUCAGAAACUUGUUUGAUAGGGUUACACUGCGGUGACUCACAACCACCACCAUGUUGACCGUUGUUCGUGUUCAUCUUCCUUCUGAUAUUCCCAUUGUUGGCUGUGAACUUACUCCUUAUGUUUUACUUCGUCGCUUUGAUAGAACUGUUACUACUGAUGAUGUUUCCGAAACUUUUCCUUUAGACGGACAUUUCUUACGCUACAAGUGGUAUCGUGUACAUAGUGAUACAAAUGUUGCUGUCUGUAGCAUACAUCCAUCUGAGCCGGCCACACUACAGUGCGUAGGUUGUAUUAAGGCCAGAGUACCUGUUUCUAAAAGUUACCAUUGCAACUCAAAGUGUUUUGCAGAUGCAUGGCAGCAUCAUCGUGUUGUACAUGAUCGUGCUGCAAAUGCCGUUAAUGAAAAUGGAAAUGAAGACGAGGAAGGAUUUGGGCGCUUUAAUAGUUCUGGUCCUGGGGUAACCAAUUCCAACUUAUCUGCGAGUGCUCCUUUGUAUCCCACCGCAAUAAAAAAUGGCAAUGAAACUUGGUUUGAAGUUGGACGAUCUAAGACUUAUACCCCAACUGCUGAUGACAUUGGCUAUGUCCUUAAGUUUGAAUGCUCUGUCGUUGAAGCAAUGACAAAAUUACCUGCGGGGCAUGUAAACUCUUUACUAACUAAUCGGGUCAUUCCUGCUCCCUCACCUACUCCGCGCCAACUGAUAUGUGUUGAUGGGAUGGGGCAUUUAGAUCUUGAUAGGCGUAUGACAUCUCUGGAAACUUUUACUGUUCUGUCAUACAAUGUUUUGUCUGAAGCAAGUGCCUCAAAUGAUCUGUAUAAUUACUGCCCUCCAUGGGCCCUUUCUUGGCCAUAUCGCAGGCAAAAUUUGUUACGAGAAAUUGUUGGUUAUCGUGCAGAUAUUAUUUGCCUUCAGGAGGUUCAAAAUAACCAUUAUGAUGAAUUUUUUGCUCCUGAACUGGACAAACAUGGUUAUAAUGGUCUUUUCAAGAGAAAAACAACUGAGGUAUCCAGUGGCAACACAAUUGAUGGUUGUGCAACAUUUUUCCGCAGAGACAGAUUUUCCCAUGUGAAGAAAUAUGAGGUUGAGUUCAAUAAGGCUGCACAGUCUUUAACAGAUGCCAUGAUUCCAACCAUUCAGAAGAAAACUGCCUUGAAUCGACUGGUCAAGGAUAAUGUUGCACUAAUAGUUGUUCUAGAAACUAAAGUUAACAAUCAACCAGUUGAUAAUCUUGGGAAAAGGCAGCUUAUUUGUGUGGCAAAUACACACGUGCAUGUCCAGCAUGAUCUAAAAGAUGUCAAACUUUGGCAGGUGCACACUCUCUUAAAAGGGCUGGAAAAAAUAGCUGCAAGUGCAGACAUUCCAAUGUUGGUUUGUGGAGACUUUAAUUCUGUUCCUGGAAGUGCACCUCAUGCACUUCUUGCAAUGGGAAAGGUAGACCCAUCACAUCCUGAUUUAACAGUUGACCCACUUAAUAUUUUACGCCCUCAUAGCAAGUUGGUUCAUCAGUUACCACUGGUUAGUGCAUACUCGUCAUUUGCAAGAACAGUAGGUCAUGGGUUUGAGCAACAUAAAAUGAGACUGGAUGGUGGAACAAACGAACCUUUAUUUACAAGCGUCACUAGAGAUUUUGUCGGCACUCUAGACUACAUAUUUUACACAGCGGAUUCAUUGGUUGUGGAAUCAUUAUUGGAAUUAUUGGAUGAGGAGAGUUUGAGGAAGGACACUGCACUUCCUUCACCUGGAUGGUCCUCAGACCAUAUAGCUCUCUUAGCGGAGUUUCGCUGCUGUAAGAGUAAGUCUAGGCAUUGACACUAAGAUAGGUCAGAUCCAGAGACACAUAAAGAAUAGCUGAAAGAAGCAUUUGGUUGGAAGUUGUUGUAAGAAUGGUGGAUCAUGCAUGUAUUUUUUAGGCAUCUCCGUGUGGGAUCCUUGCAAUGAUCUGCUUUGUAUCAUGUCACCUUUUAUUAUCUUAUAGAAAAAUUAUGAUCAUGCCUUGUUACUUCCA